AUGCAUAAACUGAUGGGAGUGGAAGUUAUCUUCACCCUCUUCCUUGUUCUUACGCUGGCGGACGAUCCAGCCAAAGCACUCCAGAAAAAUAUUCUGUGCGAUUUGGAGCAGAAGGCCUUGCAUUUGAGGCUACGUUGUUCUCUUAUGCCAACAACUUCUGGAGCUUGGGAUCAAUGUUCAGUUAAUGUUGAUCUUUCUCGAGGCAUUUAUGCGAAUCCGUACGAGCUGGCGGACAAAUUGCCCGAAGUGAAAUUUACGAUUGCAAGGAAAGCUACACGUGAAGCAGGCCGACUUUCGAGGUUCUUUUUCUCCAAGAAGAGUGUUGAGUCGGAGAGCAGGCAGGAGAUUUCUUUAAACGCCUCGGAGGUAGACAUCGAGGCACCGAGCUGGAAAUCAGAACCCACACGAUGGAAGUUUGCCCUUGACUCACAGCGACAGAUCUGGGGCUCCAAUGCAGCGAUCGAACUCAGCAUUCCCUUACAUCUGCGUUACAACCUCCCGUCACGUUCAGGCAAGCCAGGAGGUGGAAUAGUUUCGCGCACACUAAUUGAUUGCUCUGGAAAAGUGGCAGGAAGUUAUAGCGGACAACACAAGGCUACAUCACCCUCGGGCUGCUCUUCAGAUCUCUUAUUGGUGAUGCCACUUACUCUGAUUUUGCUGGUCGUUGGGAUCAUCAUUCUUCUUCUUCACUAG